CCAGCAUCAGCCAGUAUCAACCACCACGAUUUACUGGACGAGUGACUGGACGACCACAGGCUUAUGGAUCUUUCGUUCGUUUCGGCUGAUUCUUUACGCAAUUGAUACCCAUUUCAUUGACUUUUCACUUUACAACAGUUCGCUCACAUACUGUACUUCCAGCUUGGGACUAUCCUGCAUUUUACUUGACAACCGCGGAUCAGACUUUGAAUUCGACCUUAUGAAACCAGAUACCAUUGACAGAGAGAGAAUCUUUGGAGAGCUUACUACGACUACGCUUUUUAUCGAGUCCUAGACUUUUGCGCUCGAUCAAGAAAUAGGGUUCAGAGCCCAGUCGAAGCAUUCAACCACGCUGCAAAUGUCUCCCCAAGGACAGGGAUCUUCAGCUUAACAUUCAUUGACUAUUCUCUUCGCCCGAGUGGACCGAUCCUGACCACAGUACUAUUCCUCGAAUAUUCUUAGCUAGAGGCCGCCGGGACGAAAUCUCCUCCCCAGUGACAGUCAAAGUACAACAAUGGACCACCUAUUCCCUUAUCCCAAAAAUGGCACAUCCUUCCUUGAGGUCUUGCACCAUUCACUUACACGAAAGCUUCUGGGUUUCGACGCCGUACACGCGGAGAAGACGCCAUUCAUAAGCGGUGUCACUUCUCGGCUGAAGUUCCUCCUCAACGAUGCCAUGAAUCACCUCUCGUUCAUGAAGAUUGGAUAUACCGCGCUCGAAGCAUUUCUCCAAGCAAACGUUACAGGUCCACCGUUAAACUUUGACCCGGAAGGAGUCGUGUUCCCCGAGUCGUAUCGCGAUGACAAUCUGAAAAGUCUGAAAGAAGAGCUUUUCCAGUAUCUCGCCGUCGACGGUAGCCGGCCGUACCCGUUGACGCCAUGCAUCGAACUCUUCUGGCUUGCGAAAGUGAUCUUGUCAGAUCCCACGCUUGCGGAUGCAGGUUUCAACGGCCGAAGAGCCCGGUUCAGGCUGGCUUUCUGGCAUCAGAAACUCCUUUCUGAAGAGUCGCCGACUCUGCGCGACGAGAUGUACGCCGAUGCCGAAAUCCUAGAACAUCAACUCGCUUCCCGCCUUGCUUCUCACGCCGCGGCCGCGCAGGAGCAUUUCGUCGAGUUCCUGAUCGAACGGGCUGUCGUGAGGAUGUACUAUGGAGACGACGCCCUUGCGCGGGCGGAUCUUGCCAGAGCCGCGACGAUACGAAACUUCCAGUUCGCAUUGACCGGCGCAUUGGGGAAGAGGACGAAAUUCCAAGAUAAAGAGACGAGCCAGCUUGUCGUACUGGCUAAGAGUAGCGACAGUGAGCACGCAGAGCACAGCAAUGCGAAGAACACCCACAAUGCUGAGGAGCAGAAAUCGCCUCGACCAGACGAUCCCCAGUACGAUAGUGCUUCAACACACGCCACUACUACCUCUCCACCGCCGUCAACGACGGUAUCUCAUCGACCAGCGGAUACGGAGUCAGACAACCGUGCACCAGGUCCAGCUUCCACCGACGAAUCCACAAAACCCGCAAACGUCCCCCUCAACGACGACACUCUCCUCGAAGAGAUCUCUUUCCACCCGACCUCAAACACAAUGACCCACACCGUUCCCGACACCUCGCUCCCAUCCUCCAUCUCGUCCCUCGACCCGUCCAAUCAACCCCUCCUAUCCCCCAUCGACAGCAUCAUCCUCCUGGCCAUCGCAAGUUCCAUCUCCAACACGUCACCCUCCGACGGCCUUGUCCGCGAAGAAACCCUGCCCUACGCGAUGCGCGUCCUCGACGGCGGCUCCUCGAACUGGCAGGUCUACACGCAGGCCCUACUCGUCCGAAGUCGCAUCGAAGGAUACCGCGCUCGUACCGCCGAACGCGGCCUCCUCCAACUGCAAGCACUAGUGGACCAGGUCAUUGCCGAAACAUCUGCAUCUGCAUCUUCCUCUGCCUCUCAGCACGCCAACGGCGAAAGUGUCGAGUCUGAGCAACCAGCAAAGAAGACAAUCACGACAUUCCUGCCCAAAUCUCAACCCUCGACCACCCAGUCCGAGUCCGAGGCAGACUCCGAAUCCGCCAGCGUAGCGGAACGAUUGAGAUACAUCUAUCAACUCUCCCCACCCUUGCGCUGGGAACUCGAAGCCGAACUCGCCGCGCGGUGGACGCACAUGGGCGGCUUGAAAACCGCGCUGGAGAUUUAUGAGAGACUGCAAAUGCACGCCGAAGUUGCCCUGUGUCUGGCCGCGACGGACCGCGAAUCUGAAGCCGUCCGCCUCCUCAAGGAUCUACUCUUCAAAGACCAAGACACGGUGGCGACGACGACGCCUGACGAGUCUGAGUCUGCUGCGGCCGUGAAAAUCGAAUUUAUACUGCGCUCGCCGGCGCCCGCUGACGCUCCGAGACUGCUGUGUAUCCUUGGCGACAUCACGGCGCAUCCAGAGUAUUAUAGUCUGGCGUGGACGGUGUCGGGUAACAGAUAUGUCCGGGCGCAGCGGUCGCUGGCGCGAUAUCAUGCUAAACGGCGCGAAUUCGAGAAGGCCAGGGAGGCAUACGCUCUGGCGCUGAAUAUUUCCCGAAUCGAUCGGACGAGUUGGUUCAGCAUGGGGUGCGUGCAGCUCGAGUUGGAAGACUGGAUGGGUGCGGUGGAGAGCUUUACGCGCUGUGUCCAGCUUGACGAUGGCGAUGCGGAGAGCUGGUCCAAUUUGGCGGUUGCGUUGCUGAGAUUGCCUAAGCCUGUCCAUGUCCAGCAGGAGAAGGAGGAGGAUGAUGUUAGUGCUGCGCGAAUAUCGACGACUGGCAACGGCGGAGAGGGUGCGGUGACGGAUGAUCCGCCAGAUCGUGAUGCAGAUGCAGAUGCAGGUGAGAACGAGCAUGCGAGUAGUAUCAAGAAACAGAUCGAUCCGUACCGACAUGUCCGCGAAGCACUGCGGGCCUUGCGCCGUGCGGCGACGCUCAAGAGGGACGACGCGCGAAUCUGGGAUAACUAUCUGACAGUCGCGGCGAGUAUACCGCCUAGCGCGGGCACGCCGUGGGGGGAAGUCAUCCAGGCGAUGGGGCGUGUGGUUGAAUUGAGAGGGAAGAAAGAAGGUGAACGCGCCGUGGAUACGGCGAUACUUAGGGUUUUGACCGAGUACAUCACUCAGACUUUCACGUAUCCCGCGUCCGGGUCAGAUGUGGAUGAUGUUGAAGGUGGUGAUGCUGAGGAGGAAGAUCAGAGGACGCGAGCAGGAGAAGAUGCCGGCAGGGAAGACUCGACGACAACAAAUUCGAGUGGGAAACAAUUGCCCCAUCUACCACGCUCGUUCCUCACGCUGGUCGACAACUCGAUCGCGCCACUGGCCACGGCCAGUCCGACACUUUACGGUUCGUUAUCCGACAUUUCGCUCUGGCGCGCUCGGCCCGCGCAAGCCCUGUUGUAUGCGGAGAAGAGUUGGCGGUCGUUCUUGACGUCGGUCUCGAUGGCGGAGGAAUUCGACCAUGUCUCUGAAACGCAGUGGGCUGGCGUGGUCGAUAAGACGGUCUGGUUGAUGCGGAAGUACAGAGACUUGGGACCCAUGGAGCGCGAGAGGACCGGCGGUCAAGUCGAAGCCAAGUGGAGGUUCAAGGCGAGGAGCGCGGGGAGGAGGGUGGCUGGACGAGGGAAGCGAUGGGAAGGGGAAGGGGAGGGCAAUGAGGCGUGGGAGAGGUUGAAGGGCGAGAUUGACGCUGUUAGGGAGUAGAGAGCAGAGCAGGAGAAAACGACAGAACAUCGACCAUGUAAGAAGGUUGGACGCCGCGAGUAACGUUGGUUGCCAGUCUACGGCAGUACUGGGGAGUCAGCUAUCCGCCAUCAUCUGCCUUUUCGCAACGGCUACUUUGCGGAUUCUUGAACAAUAACACCCAGGGUCUUUUCAAAGCAUCUCCGCCCCAAUAUCUCGAAUUAUCCUAAAAGACAGCCUGCGGUCGUAUCAGACCUCUGGACAGGCCAUCAGACCCCAGCUCUUUUCUGGCACUCCAAGCAGUUCUUUGACGCCUGUCUUGCAUGUGGGGCCAAAGAAAAGGCCUCGACGUCGUUCGACCUGCUCGCCCCAGAGCAGUUUGAGACCUCUCGCACCCUCGAACCGUCGAACCCAAGCGACACACGCUGUUGAAUCGAUCAACGCAACGCGACGCCACGAGUCAAGUUCUGCUUCUCGAUAUGCGGAGCGCGUCAUUCAGACGUACAGUAUAGCUGAAUUCGUUUCUGAAUGGAAAUAUGAGACUCCCGCAUGGCCCAGGCCAGGCCAGACGCGGUUUGUGUAGAGAGAGCCACUGUUGCUGUUGGGCGCAUGCCCCGGUGCCGUUUGCCGUUUGCUGUUUACGACACCUUCCUUUUCAACCAGCCGCAGAAACUCUCAAACAGGACCCGAUCGUGGCCCUGGAGAUGUCGGAUACGGAUUCUGGUCUUUGCCUGAUUGCUUGAAGAACCAUACUCGGAAGAAGGCGUGGAGAGUUCGAUGCGUACCACGAGCGCGGGCUCUUUGUCUAGUUCGUCUUCGUCAUUGGAACCCUCGCCUUCAGCGUCUUCAGCGUCUUCCUGCUCCACGGAAUGAUCCUUCAUCUCCUGGUCCACGUCUUCCGCCUGGUGAUGUUGGUGGUCGUGAUGGUGCAGCUUUUUCCGUCUGGCCUUCCUGCUCCAAACAUCACCUUCUUUGCUCAUCAGCAUCCCAGCCCGUCUGGCGUGUACGUACUUCCACAAGACUCCGGCCCCGGCUCCCAGCAACUUGCCGAUCUCCUCGUUCACACGCUUCUCGGCCACAGACAACCCGUCCAUGGAGGUCAUCGGCAUGUCGUACUCCAUCUCUGUCGGAGCAGGAAGAUAUUUCUUCUCAACACCAGAACUGCCAACGACGCCCCGGCUUACAGCCAUGCUGGGCCGCAAGCCGAGCCAGCUCCAUGCCACGCACCAGCGUCUCGUCUUCUGGCCUUGGAUGAACUCGGUCACGGCAAAAUUCGUGCAUCCUUUUUCCCGCAAUUUGUCCACUAUGCUGCCGACGCUGGAGAGUUUACCGAGCAUGGCGCUGAACCAUUGGAUGCGAGAUCGAUUCUUGGGAAGGGCGGAUUCGAGAAUCAACCGACUGACGAACGACACCUCGCCGCCAGGGACUAUCAUCUCGAUGGGUGCGCCUGUGCAACUGGAGUUUGCAGGACGGGAUUUCGACCGUGCCGAGGCUAGCAUGGACGCUUCGGACUCGUAGAAUGGCGGAUUCGUCAUCAGAAUGUCGAGCCUAGAUUAAUACGUGAAGUGUCAGCCACUUAUGUACCUUUAAGUGUAUCAAUCCAAGGAUCGGCCAAUUUUGCCGGACGUGUGUUGGGAGAGUCGCACAUUAGGGACGACGUACCGGUCAAAUCGUUCCAGUUCUG